AUUCCAACAACCUUGUUGAGAUGGUGGGAAAUGGGGAAUGGGUGGGGGAGAGAUCACCCUCACUACUUUCGUAGUUUCCAUUAAUUUAUUCGCCCCUUAAUUAUGUGCCCCCCCCACAUUCGAUGCCAAACGAAAUACAUAAGAAAAGUACAACUAGCAGAUAAAAAUAUAUUCAUAGAAACAUCGUUUUCGAUAUGAUGUGUAUAAACGUUCACAUGUACAAUCAGACGGAUGUAUAAAUAAGAGCGACGACUUUUAAGAACCGCCCCAUGUUGUUACCAUUCGCCCCCACCAUAUAUUUUCUCCCCACCGCUCUCCUCCUCCUCCUCCUCCGAUCUUUUUGCAGUCGAAUGAUUUCUAGUUCUGGAAAGAGUAGUUGUGCAACUUUUCAUGUAACUGUUUGUUAACCGAAGCCGGCGAUUGCGAUCGACGAAGGAGUGUUACUCGUAUUAUGGACGGCUACUGCAGCAGCAACUCGCCGACGUUCGAGCCCGAGGAGGUCGGUAUCGUGCCCGGUCAUGAGAGCAUCCCGUCACCGCCGGGCGAGCACAACAAGCUCGCUCACCCUCUGGCUUCUGCUCAGAGUACUUCUUCUCCGGCGAAACGGAGCCGACGAUCGGUGCAGAAGAGGGUGGUGACGGUGCCCAUCGCCGGCACCGAUGGGCCGCGGCCCAAAGGCGUCGGCGAGGGCGCUCCGCCGUCGGAUUCGUGGGCCUGGAGGAAGUACGGCCAAAAGCCCAUCAAGGGCUCCCCCUACCCCAGGGGUUACUAUAGGUGCAGUAGCUCCAAGGGUUGCCCCGCACGGAAGCAGGUGGAGCGCAGUCGCACGGAUCCUAACAUGCUCGUCGUUACCUACUCCUUCGAGCACAACCACCCUUGGCCCAUGCCCAAGAGCCAUCACCAUCACAAGGCCCAGGCUCAGACCCGGCCCGUCGAAGAAGCCGAGCCGCCCCCGGCCCGGCCUGAACCGGACGAGAAGUUCGCCGGUCUAGUCGGGGACGAGCCGGCGCUCAUGGUCCACGACGACUUCCACUGGUUCUCCGACGUGGCGUCCUCCCCGGCGUCCACGUCGCCCCCCGCCGCGGCGGACGACGCGUUUCUCUACGCGCCGAUCUUCGGCGCCGCGGAGAUCGACGCGGCGAUGCUCCUCCCCGAGGAGCGCGGCGAGGAAUUGGGCGGCGGGGGACGGGGAGCGGGCGAGGAGGAGGAGGAGGACGCGCUUUUCGCGGGGCUCGGCGAGCUCCCGGAGUGCGCGGUGGUGCUCCGCCGCGGCGCCUUCGGCCUCGCCGUGGCUCCCUGGUGCGGGUCCACCGGCUGACGACGGAUGACGUCACGCGCGUAACGGAGUUAGGGGGGUUCAUCUGGCCGAGCCCGAGGCCGUGUCGUGCGCCGUACGAUCCUU